AUGGCGCUCUCCAUAAGGAAGACGGUUUUGACAGUUCUAUUAUUUGGUCUGAUGUGUGCUGUAUCCAGCCAUGUGUUGGAACUCGACGAAAGAUUUUUAGAAGUUCAUAAAGAAGCCCCUUGGCUUGUUGAGUUUUAUGCUCCAUGGUGUGGUCACUGCAAGAAACUGGAGCCAACCUUUCACCAAGUGUCGCUGUCUCUCCGUAACACACCAGUGAAGGUCGGCAAGUUGGAUUGCACUCGGUUCUCCAGCGUGGCCUCAGAGUUCGGAGUAAAAGGAUUCCCUACUAUAAAAUUUUUUAACGGAGAAAAUAUCUACACUCACAAAGGGGAUAGAUCAAAAGAAGACAUCUUGGAGUUCGUAAAUAGAGCCAAAGGACCUGCAGUACGUAAUCUAGCAAGUAAAGGGAAGUUUGAUGAGGCCAACAAUCAACACAAAGACUCGGCUUUCUUCCUCUACCUGGGCCGACAAGACCCUGUCGACGACAUGUUUAGCAAGUACAGUAAUGUGGCAGAACAGAUGCUUAUCCAAUCUUACUUCUAUGCGGCCAAUCCUACAGUCCUCCCUAAUAAUAUAAAGCCAGCUGUAGUGCCGACAGUAUUAGCCUUUAAAGAUCAGGAAGUGGUAGAAUAUCAAGCUCCAGAUGGUAUAGUCACAAUGUCCAGUCUCCAGGACUGGGUUAACUCAGAACGUUUCCCAGCAUUCCCCCUGGUCACUGGAGCCAACAUAAAUGACAUCGCAGAAAGUGGGAAGAUUAUGGUCAUAAUGGUGUAUAAUGAUGAAGAUUCAAAGAGCAAGACGGACAGCGAAAGAAUCAAAGACAUGUUGAAGUUAUUGGCUACACAACACAAGGACAGAUUUCACAGGGGAUUCCAAUUCCUGUGGAUGUCUGACAUUGAGACUGUUAACAGUAUUGCCAUGUCCUUUAUGAAGGGUCCAGUGUUGAUGAUGCUGAAUCCUACCACUCAUUACUACUACAUUCCUUCAACUCCCGUAGCGGAGAUCACUGUACAGGAACUCAUGCAGUACCUGGAGGAUGUCCGCGACGAAAAAGUUCCUGCUCUUGGAGGAACAGGUUUUUUCCAAAGACUGAAGAGAAUCUUCUACGACCUUAUUGUUAUGGUGGUGGGAGUCUGGCAGUCCUCGCGAUGGCUAUUCCUUCUGAUGUUUGGCCUCCCUACCACUGUGAUUAGUGUCGUCUGCUACAGCCUGUGCUGUAUGGACACAGUAGAUGAUUUACCAGAGAGUGACGACGAGAACUCCGACGAAGAACAUGAAGUACUACCUCAUGCUCAACAAGAAUCUGCUGAUACUGAACAACAAAGUGCAGUACCAGGACAUGAGAAAUCAGAAUGAUGCAUGAUGGGAGAAUCCAGAGUCAACCAAUGCAUGAUGGGAUAGUACAAUUGAGACCAGUGGUGUUCAGAUAGAAUUCAUCAACACCAUAAUUGACAUCACCAUAGCAACAGGGUGACAUCAGUAUAUGACUCUGUGUAACCUCAGUUACCAUAUUCAAUAUGAUUUCAGUGAAAUCUAACAUUUUCUUAGUAAUUUAUAUGGAAAGAGUUUCUACUUGAAUUAUGUGGAGAUGCUUACAUGAGACUUAUGAAAAUAGAAAGUAGGAUUUGAAAUUGAAAAAAGAAGAUAUGUAAAUUGAUACAGUGGACAGAAGUUUAAACCGGACUCUGUGCAAUACAGAUAUCUGCCUAAUCUGGUCAAAUUAUUAAGUCCCAAUUCCAACAAUGUUAUAAAAUGGAAUCUCCAUAAUCAGGAACUCUCUGCAAACAGGCCAGAUUCUUUGAUCCCAAAGGAGUCCGGUUUAGACAGAUUCUACUGUAUACUUUUUAUGUAGGAGGCGUAUUGUGUGGAUAUAUUGAGUAAAGUGAUUGUACAGGGAGGGUUUCAUGAAGGUCAGCUAUUCCCAAGAAAUACAGAGGAUACACACACAAAGGGACUGGGGAUCUUAUUACAUCAAAUACAUGCAGAUACUUUUAAAAUAAUUUUAAAUAUCAGUACAUCAAGCCAUGAUAUCAAGAUAUCAUUGCAGCCUCACUAGUGAGGUACAUCAAAUAUCACUACUGACAUCAUGUUGACCUUGUUCACUACUGACAUCAUGUCAACCUUACUACUGACAUCAUGUUGACCUCACUACUGACAUCAUGUUGACCUCACUACUGACAUCAUGUUGACAUCAGUGGUGACAUCAUGUCAACACUACUGACAUCAUGUUGACCUCACUACUGACAUCAUGUUGACAUCAGUGGUGACAUCAUGUCAACACUACAGACAUCAUGUUGACCUCACUACUGAUAUCAUGUUGACCUCGUUCACAACUGACAUCAUGUUGACCUUGUUCACUACUGACAUGUUGACCUUGUUCAAUACUGACAUCAUGUUGACCUUGUUCACUACUGACAUCAUGUUGACCUCACUACUGACAUCAUAUUGAC